AUCACAUCAUACCUUUUUACUAUUAAUCUAUCUAUCAAAUCAUACUUUUACCCAUCACAUCAAAGGACAUUUUUGGAAAUUCAAUACCAAAAUACACUUCCUUAAAUCCCUCCUAAAAAGCAAAUGUCCCAUGUUUCAUGAGACAGAGGGAGUAUUUGGAAAGACAAAUGUGGUGAUUAGAAUUAUUGCAUUUGGGAAUCUCUUCAUUUGUCUUAGGUGGCCGUUUGGGUUUUAACUUAAUGCUUUUGCUUUUAUAUUUAAAGCCUUGCAUAGGCUUUGGAAAAAGUGGAGGGGCUGAGCGAACAUAAUGGGUAUUAUACGAAAAGUAACAGGUGCACCUUCUCCACCAACGUUACCCCCAAGAUGUGACGGAACCAAACCCGUGCAGUGGUUAGCUAUGGUAUGUGAGUAUUUUCAGUUUUAUGACGUCCCUUUAGUUGAUCGUUUGAACCGUGUGGCAUCAAUGUUAGAGGGCUCUGCAUUGGCUUGGUUUAAUUGGCGUAUGCGUGGUGGCUUAAUUGAUGGUUGGACAGAUUUUGUUGAAAAGUUCAAGAUUCGAUUUGCUCCGCUACAUGAUUUGGAUUAUAUUUGUUUUGAGAAGACACCAAAGAAUGUUAUAGACAAAUUUGUUCACAGGGUGGAAGACAACACCACACUACCUACCCCGACUAUGAAGGAUGCACUUGGAGCAACGAAACUCCGCACUGGACCACGUGGUGAAGAAGAGGUGAGCAGUGUAUUUGAAGCCAUGAAUGAAGAUAACGGGAAGCCCAAAACUGUGGAAGUAAUUGAUGAUGAUCGUAAGCAUGCAGAUGUUGCUAAGUACUACAAGCCAGAUCCUACUUUUCAGGAAUUUUCUACCUCAGCUGGUGUGGUCAUUGCAGAAUAUGAUAUUCCAAAAAGUGUUGACAAAGUGACAGAUGCAGAUGGUAAACAAGCACACUCACCUAUGNAUGAGGUGAGCAGUGUAUUUGAAGCCAUGAAUGAAGAUAACGGGAAGCCCAAAACUGUGGAAGUAAUUGAUGAUGAUCGUAAGCAUGCAGAUGUUGCUAAGUACUACAAGCCAGAUCCUACUUUUCAGGAAUUUUCUACCUCAGCUGGUGUGGUCAUUGCAGAAUAUGAUAUUCCAAAAAGUGUUGACAAAGUGACAGAUGCAGAUGGUAAACAAGCACACUCACCUAUGUUGAUUGACACCAUCAAGUUGUUUGAGCUUGUCGAUGUGGUCAAGACGGAGCACCUGAUUCCACCGAGAGCAACUACAUAUGUUCUGCGCCCCGUCUCAUCUUUCCAUCACUUUGCUCCAAGAUCCACGAUGGUUGAAGAUUCAAAGAGUGGAUUGCUCCUUUGGUUCAGCAUUCUUUCUCCGUUCCUAAAGCAUGAGUGGGAGCCUCCACCUUGAGGACAAGGUGGAUUUUAAGGGG